UCCCGUAAGCAGUUCCCGUAAGUGUAAGUGCUCUAUGAUCUAUCCAUCGGACUCCAUCCACCAUACUAUGCGCCGUACAUGCUAAGAUUAGGUGCUAGAUUAGUUAGCUAGUAGGGAGGCAGGCAAGUGUAGCCUCACCUUCUUCCAACUAAUCCAAAGCCAAGACCAUACUCCAACUAUUAGUUAUACUCCACAAGACUGAGCUGAGCUGUGACUCGCGAGUUGUUGUGAUGCGAUGCAGGGGUUACAUUACGGUAUGUAUCCAAGUAACUAUAACUUGUGUGUAAUAGUUACAUACAAGCCCAGAUAAGACGAUGUUAUGCUGGUAGCGAGCAGUUGAAAGCACGACAAAUCUAUUCGCACGCCAUAGGCCAGUUGCUACCAGGGACUACUGCAGGUUGGGAUGGUGGCGAUCCUUGAAGAUAUGCCUACUACUACUGCCUAGGUAAGUAGGUACACAGUAGGUCGGUCUUAGCUGGCACGCAAGACGCAAGUUCGGAGUCACAGUUCCUUGCGCUCGAGGAUUGAAACCGGAUACGAUUCCCCAUACUGAAUUCCCCUCCACCACCCCCUCCCGCGACAUCGCAAAGGGCAACGCAGAAUCUUUGAAGCUACCCUGGGAAAUAUGGACGUCAUUUAUCCUUAUCCUUAUGACGUUUCAAUCUCUAUCAUGCUUCCAGGAAUCUCUGCCAGCUGGUUACGCGCAAAAGUUCCCUAGGCAUCGGGGAAAGCGACGGAUAUGGCAUCGAGUGCGCAAGGUGGCUUAAGCCCAGACACGCCUCCCAGAACAGCAGCAGCAGCAGCAGCAGCAACAACAGAUAGUAGGCUAGAUGAUGUAGUAGAAUCGGAGAGGAACUCCCUCAUCAUACAUCCCCAAGCUUCGCGGCAUAACUGGCUGAGGCGUUGGCGAAAUACCCUCAUCGCCGCCAGCUUCGCGAUUCUAAUUACCCCGUUUACCUCUGUAGGAACUUGGCUCUCGCCCGCAGAAACACCAAUUGACCCAACAGACUAUGCCGUGCGCACAAAAUCCAUACUGCAAACGACGCCCCUCAUCGACGGCCACAAUGAUUUCCCGUGGCUGCUCCGUGUGGAACUGCAUAAUCGCAUUUACGACGGCAAGUUUGACCCGAAGCAGCGUUUGCUGGGGCACACGGAUAUCGGGCGGAUGAGAAAAGGGAUGAUGGGGGGGCAAUUCUGGAGUGUGCACGUCAAAUGCGACCCGGCGCAGAAGCACUUCGAAGACCCAUCCUGGAUCGUGCGCGACACGCUUGAGCAGAUAGACAUAGCCAAGCGAUUCAUCGCCGAGUCGCCCGAGGUCUUUGCCUACUGCGAGACACCCGCGUGUGCUCGCGCCGCCUUCGAGGAUGGCCGAAUCGCAAGCAUGCUGGGCAUAGAAGGGGGCCACCAGCUGGGCGGAUCCAUCGCCGCAGUCCGGCAGGCGUACGACCUGGGGGUUCGCUACAUCACGACGACGCACAACUGCGAUAACGCGUGGGCGACGUCUGCAUCCACCGUGUCGCGCGGGAACCCGGAUAAGGGUCUGACCACGCUUGGCGCUGCUUACGUCCGCGAGAUGAAUCGGCUGGGCAUGAUGAUCGACCUCUCGCACGUGUCCCACCAGACGAUGCGAGACGUCCUCUCUAUCACGCGCACGCCUGUAAUAUUCUCUCACUCCGGGGCGUACUCCGUGACGCCCCAUCUGCGCAACGUGCCGGAUGAUGUGCUGCGCAGCAUUCGUCGUAAUGGGGGGAUCGUGAUGGCCGUGUUCGUGAACCGCUUCUUGAACAUGCAGGACCCGAGCGCGGUCACGAUCCAUGAUGUCGUAGACCACAUUUGGCACCUGGCUGACGUGAUGGGGUGGGAGCAUGUUGGGAUUGGCUCUGAUUUUAGCGGAACCCCUUUUACUCCCAGUGGUCUCGAGGACGUCUCAAAGUAUCCAGACUUGAUCGAGCUGUUGAUGGCUCGCGGGGCCACGGAUGAACAAGUAAGGCUCUUGGUAGGAGAUAACAUACUACGAGUUUGGAAAUCGAUUGAGCAAAGGGGCGAGGAGAUACGGGCUUCGGGAGAAAAGCCCGUGGAGGAAGAGUGGGAGGGGCGACAAUGGCAUAAAGGCUACAAGAGCUCACCGUACAUGUAUAGAGAAACGCGGGAGAGGGCGGCGAGGGAAAAUUGGGGUCAGCCUGAUCAAUUCAAUGUCGACAAGGCCGAGAGCCGCGGCGGUACAAGAAAAGCCGAGAAAGAAGACCCCUAGAUAGGUAGUCUCGAUCGUAUAUAUUCGCAACCGUCAGUUGUGCGAGCGAUAGCAAUAGCAAUAGCCUACCUGCCUACAUACUCCUAUAGGUGGCCUAUACUAGGCACGCUUGCACGACUCCGCGGACUCCAAAGUUUCAACGCCACAACUAUCUAUCACGAACUUUUGAUAUCUACUCCAUAGUAGCAAACAAAAAUACGCAUAGCGCGCCUGUUCAAUGAUUACCUAGAUUAUCCAUCGCAUCAUGCAAAUCCCGGAAUUCAACCUAUCGAACAGUGAUUCUUCCAGUUAACUGUCGCUCAUGUCCGUUUCGGUGUCUCAAAGAUAGUACUGCCUAUCCCAUCUUGCCAAGUACAAUCCCG